AUGACUGGUAUCCAUAACAUCUCUGAUAUUGGGAGCACACGGUCACUUCCACGUUCCUUUAAAUUGAGUGGUCGGCAAUCUCAUAAUCAUUCAGGAGCUCUGUAUGAUCUUGUGAGGGAUACCUUGUAUGUUACCAAGUGUAUCUGCCUUAUAACUCAGUUGCCAGUAAUAGUAGCAUGCCGAAAAUUUCUUCAGGGUUUUCAUGACUUAGCAGUGUCUAGAGAGCCUCCUCCUAUGAGAUUGGAGUCGUAUGUGUACAACAUAUUAUUUGAGGUGCCAUUACCGCCGCCCAGUCGAAGCUUGAAGUUAACUUGUUUUGGUCAACAAGUUUUGUGCCAAAGACCAG